GGCGCGCCUGCGCAGACAGCGCCCGCCCGCUGGCCGCCAUGGCUCGGAACGCUGAGGUGCAGCUGCCGCCGUUCCGCACGCUGGACGACUUCUUGUGCAGCUCGGCCCGCUUCAGCCUGCCCGACCUGAAGGAUCCGCUGAGGUGGAACAACCGGGUGAUCAACAACCUGCUCUACUACCAGACCAAUUACCUGGCAACGGUCGCCGGCAUCCUCCUGCUGGUCGGGUACAUGGAGCCGCUGCAGACGGUGCUGGGGGGGGCGGUGGUCUCGCUCUGCUUCCUGGGCUUCGUGUGGUCGGCGGAGAACAAGGCGGUGGUGCGCAGGCUGCGCCGGAACCACCCCACCCUCUGCAUGGUGGGCCUGCUGGGCGCCAGCUACUGCCUGCUGUCCGUGCUGGGGGGGGUGGCUGUCUUCCUCUUCGGCAUCACCUUCCCCAUGCUCCUGAUCGUCCUCCACGCCUCGCUCCGCCUGAGGAACCUGAAGAACAAGCUGGAGAACAAGAUCGAGAGUAUUGGGCUGAAGCGCACGCCCAUGGGCAUCCUCCUCGAGGCUCUGGGCCAGGAGCAGGAGGCGGGGUCCUAGGGCUGGCCCGACCCAGGGGUCCCCGCACUGAUUCACCCCCCGCACCCAGGGAACAAACUGUGUCUGUGUCUGUGUAUCUGCCUCGUCUCUCUCUCUCUCUCCCUCCUCUCCUUCCUUCCCCUCUUCCUCUCUCACGCCUCCUUUCCCCCAUCUCUCUCUCCUUCUCCCUCCCCCUCUCCUCCCUCUCUCCCUCCUUCCCCCUCGCGAUCACAGGGCGGGGCGGGAGCCACGGGAUUCGGCGAAGGAACGCCGGCGGGAUUCCCAGCUGGGAUGGUACCGGAUCCGCAGGGAGAGGGGCUGUGGUGGGGACUGCUGUCCUUGUAUCCCGGGUCAGAUUUGGCCUGUGUCAGCCAGUGCAUGCCUCAGUACCAGUAUAUGUGUGAGAUUAAAUAUAUCGGCAUUGUGUUAAAACAUUCCUUCAAUGUAAAGACACUACAGUGUACAGUUCAGUAAAUUUUUUUUAUUCAAG